AUGGACUCGACUCCGGCCGCCGAAGUGCAUCCACCCGGCGCAACUCCCUUUGUCGAGAAGCAACAGCCAGCCGACAACACAACGACAUCUGCUUCCCCUGCGAAUGAGACACCGGUGAUUAAAGAACCUGCGAUUGAACAAAAGCUUGCGAUCCCGGCUGAGCCGAUUACAACAAGUACACCAGUAGCAGCAGCAGCAAACGCAACAGAAACACCCAAGUCAGAAGAAGAUGAUGAUUUGUUGACAAAAGUUCUCAAGUUUCUGUCGACAGCAACACCGGAAACCCUGGGCGCUAUUGCAGUUGGUCUUGCAGCAUCCACAUACUUCAUUCUCGGCAGGGUUGGGCUUGUGCUUGUUGGCGCAUUUGGGGGUGUUGUGACCUUCAUCGCAUAUGAGGCGCGCCACCCAGAGGUCUCCCGGGCGGUCCGGGGCGAGAAGGGCAUUGAUGUUCUCGAGCGCCUCUCCAUCACAAGGAUUGCUGAACCACCCAAGGAUGAUGCGGAAGAGGAGGAGAAGCUGAUCCAGGGUUUUGACGACUUCCAGCCAGAGACUCGCGAGGCAUUGACUGGCUUGGUGGACGCCGUCAUCCGCGACUAUGUCAAGUGGUGGUACUCGCCCAUCCUACCCACCGACCGCUCGUUCCCCCUGUCCUGCCGGAAGCUCCUCAACUCCUUCCUUCUCUCCGUCUCGAACCACCUCUACCGUAAGCGACCUGCCGACUCGUUCCUCGAUUUCAUGACGAACUCCUCGUCCAUGUUCAUCGUCUUUCUCUCCGAGCUAUCUUCCGCCUUCACCGAGCAGCACAACGAGCCCGGCGCGUCGGCUGCUGAGGUCAUUUCCAAGUACCUAGAAGAGAACCCAAACUCGAACUUGGCCAACCUCCUAAACCACCCGCAACAGGCCGCCAAGUUCCGCAACGUUGCAGACGACCUUCUCGGUUUCCUCGACCGCUCGGCUUACAACUGCGAUCCCGCGCGGGUUUUCUUACGGGAGAUUCUGGCAGGUGUAAUAUUGGAGAUGACUCUGCAGUCAUGCUCAAAGCCUGAGUGGAUUAACGGCUGGAUCGUAUAUCUUUUGGAAGCCGGCGAGCCGGACUUUAGCCAGGCCAUCGAUGUUGGCAUGCAGACCGGUCCUGAAGCUGCUGCAAACAAUGCAAAUAACAAUGCUGCUUUUGCCGAUAUUGACGGAAACCUCGGCAACAUCGCCCUGACCAAGGGAAACCGAAGCUCCUUGGAUAUGGAGAGAGCUCGCCGCAAGGAGUCUUCUGCGCACAAGAAGCAGUUAAGCAAGGCUGACGAAGAGAUGGAGGAGGCCAUGGAGGAGAUGAAGCGAAUGAACGCAUUGAUCGCCGAGGAAGAGGCCAAGAGACAAUCCCGUCAAAGCAUCAACGCAUCGAGAGAGUCUAUCGUGCAGAUUCCCGAAGGCAAGAUCGUAUCUUCGCCUGGAGAGGUGUCUCCCAGAUCGCAGUCUUCAGCGGAUAAGCCGUCAACCUACGGAUCCAAUGGAUCGAACGAGUCCAACAAGGAGGGCAGCCUGCACUCGCCUUUGACGUCGAAAGCCAACACGGAGACUUCGAGCCAGAACCCGUCGCCCAAGCACGUCGCCAGCAGCAGCACCUCGUCUCAGUCUCAGUUCUUGAGCUUCGACCAGAUCGUGCCCCCCGCCAAGGAGGAUCCGGAUUCGUCUGACGAAAGCCCCCGCAAACCCCAGUUGACCCUGCACAAUGCGAACAUCAUUCUUCAUGAUGAUGCUUCCAACGACAAUAGCCGGAUCCGUAGUAAGCCCCUCUGGGACUAUUUGGUCCAGAUUGAGCCAUCGUCGCAUCACUACUCUGGCUGGAUGAUCGUCCGGCGCUACUCCGAUUUUGAGACGCUGCAUGAGAUUUUGAGGCGCAUUGCUACGAUUUCGGGCGCGACGGCCUUCACUGAGAAACAUGCGGAGCUUCCCAACUGGAAGAACCAUACCAGAGCUUCCCUCCGUGGUGAGUUGGAGCGAUAUGUGAAGGAUGCCUGUUGGUACCAGUCACUCGCUGAGAGCGAGGGUAUGAAACGCUUCUUGGAGAAGGACAAUGGGCUUGGCCAUGGCCACAGCAACUCCAAGUCCGGCCUGGCUUGGGAUACCGUCGGCAAGAACAUGUUGGAUGUACUUACGAUGGGACCCAAGGGUGCCGUAGAGGGAGGCAAGGCUGUCUUUGGCGGCGUCACAGGAGUGUUCAGCAACAUUGGUCUCGGUGCAAGAAAGAAUACGGCAUCGUCUUUGUCAGAGAUACAAACCAAUAACCGUUGGUCAACGGGCACCCCGCCAAGGAUGGACAGCACUACCAGCUUGAACGCGGCACUUACAUCACCCGUUGGAAGCGGGCCACGCAAGCCUCGCGACAGUCUCGACAGUCAGCGAUCCUCAGUCAUUUCAACUCAGCCAGGCAAGAUCGCCCCUAUGGAGAGGAGACCCAGCUUCGACCCUCGGGGUGAUUCGGAGGCAGAUGGCUUGAAGCCUCGCUCCGACCGCUGGGAGCGAAACACACCAAGCGCAACGGGCAGUCGCGAACAUAGUAGAGCUUCUAGCCUUGCACCGCUACAGUCGCCUCCACUGCGGUCGCCGUCGUCGACGAGCCUGGAUGUAAUGCACAUUCAGCACCUACCUCCUCCUCCUGACGAGAUGCCUGAAGAUUACGGGUCGCCUACGUAUGUGGACAUGCAAUCAAAGAUGACUGAGGCUACUGGAGUUCGCAACAACAAUAGCAACGGCAGCAAUGCCGGCAAAAAGGAACCCAAGCCAGCGAGACAACAUUCUCCACUAACGGAGCAGGAAACAAACGUGGCUGUUGAGCUGGUCUUCGCCAUUAUUAAUGAGAUGUACACGCUUUCAUCGGCCUGGAACAUUCGCAGGACGCUGCUGGCCGCCGCAAAGUCGUUCCUCCUGCGGCCUGGCAACCCGUCACUGAUUUCAAUUCAGAACAUGAUGCAGGAGUCGGUCAUUGAGGCCAACACGAGCGAUACGGGACUUGGAUAUCACUUGCGCAAGUUGCGGGAAAACACGAUGCCGACAGACGAGGAGCGGGCAGCGUGGCCGGCUGAGAUGACGGAUGAAGAAAAGGAGAAGUUGCGUAUCAAGGCGCGCAACUUGCUGAUUAAACGUGGUGUUCCGGCUGCUUUGACUGGCGUUAUGGGACAAGCGGCGACAACGGACGCGCUUGGGCGUAUUUUCGACAGCCUCCAGGUUGAGGAGGUGGCGCGGGGCCUGAUGUUCGGAAUGAUGCUUCAGGCUGUCAGGGUGGUGACCCAUUAA